AUGGACUCCUUCAGCUCUCUCGAUGCGUUCGUUGUCGACGAAGAACUCCUUCAACUCGCCAUCGACAUCCCACAACCCAUUCCGGGCCAAGAUCAACAACCACCUAUCAACGAGGAGAGACCAGGUGCUGGAACGAUGGGUGCAUUCUGCAUUAUCAACUAA